UUAUAUCUAUUCUUCCUUCUUCUCCUUCUCUCUCAGUGUAGCGUUUGUAUGUACAACAAUUGAAAAAAAAAUAAAAGAGAAGAAAAGGAAAAUAAAAAGAAAAAAGGAAGACCAGAAGAGAGAGAGAGGAGAGUGAGAGCCAUGGUUUCAACGAGGCGAAGUGGAUCUCUCUCCGGUAACAACAGCAAAAGAUCUUCGCCGUCCGACGAUAAACCGCCGUCACCGAAGCGUCCAAAGGUCGAGAAUGGUGGAGGCUCGGAGAAGUCGAUGCCGGCUGCGGAGAAUUCAAAGGAAGUGCGUACACCGACUCCGCCGCCGGCCGAUCCCGGAGAAUGUGGUUCCGGCGAUGCUCCGAUUGCCGGAGACGGCGCGAGUUCCGCCAAGACCGAGGCGGCCUCGCAGGCCGUCGCUGUGUCGACGCCGAUCGCCGAAGGGACUUCGCCUUUAGCAGAUAAGCCGAGAAGUUCUCUUUCAUUCGGUUUUUACGCGAAAAGUUCAGGUUUCGAGACGUCAACGCCUUGGUGUAGACUUUUGUCUCAGUCUUCGCAGAAUCCGAAUAUUGUCAUCUCCACGUCGAAUUUCACAGUCGGUUCAAACAGAAACUGCAGCUUUACCUUGAAGGAACAGUCUAUCAGCGGUGUCUUGUGCAAGAUCAAGCGCACACAGCGUGAGGGCAGUGCUGUAGCAGUUCUAGAAAGUACGGGAAGCAAGGGAUCGGUGCAGGUUAAUGGCACAACGGUCAAGAAAACUUCUAACUGUGUACUUAGCUCGGGAGAUGAGGUGGUCUUUGGAUUUCUGGGGAACCAUGCCUAUAUUUUUCAGCAACUCAUGAGUGAGGUCACUGUUAAGGGUACAGAGGGCCAGAGUGGUGUUGGUCCUGUUGGAAAAUAUUUGCAUGUUGAAAGGCGGACGGGAGAUCCUUCGGCUGUGGCUGGGGCUUCCAUAUUGGCAUCUCUAUCAAGCCUGAGACAAGACUUAUCACGGUGGAAGUCUCCAGGUCAUUCCACUGGUAAAAUUCAUCCAGCUGAGGGACCCUCUCAGUCUGUUGUUCAUGAUGGCACAGAUGUUGAGCUUGAUGGCCCGGAAGGCACGUCAACCCCGAACUUAGGAAGUGAUAAAGCUGAAGAUACUGGAGCGAUCGACAAGACCCCCGACUGCAAUCCAGACUCUGGCACAGAGGCAGGCAAUGUAAAAUUCUCUGGGGUGAAUGAUUUGCUAAGGCCUUUAUUGAGGAUGUUAGCUGGAUCACCUAGUUGUAAACUAAAAUUGAGCAAAGAUAUAUGUAAACAGGUCUUGGAAGAAGCAAACGAGUGGACGAGGGAUUCACAGCCAGCGUCAACUUCAGUCAUGUCUUUGCGAUGUGCAGUGUUUAAAGAAGAUAUUCAUGCAGGGAUUCUUGAUGGGAAAACCAUAGAUGUUUCAUUUGACAACUUCCCAUACUAUUUGAGUGAGAAUACAAAAAACGUUUUGAUUGCAGCUUCGUUUAUACACCUGAAACGUAAAGAACAUGCAAAAUACACAACACAGCUUCUUACUGUGAAUCCACGAAUAUUGCUUUCUGGUCCUGCAGGGUCAGAGAUAUAUCAGGAGAUGUUGGCAAAGGCCCUUGCUAACUACUUCCAGGCCAAGUUGCUCAUAUUUGACAGCCACUCUUUUUUGGCUGGUUUAUCAUCCAAGGAAGCCGAGUUGCUGAAGGAUGGACUUAAUGCGGAAAAAUCCUGCAACUGCUCCAAACAAGGCCCUGUACUCUCCGAUGCGACGAAGACCAUGGAUCAGUCAAAUUGUGAAGCUGGGACACCAAGCUCUUCAAAUGGUCCUACUUGUGGCCUGGAAUCUCAAACGAAAAUGGAGUCUGAGACUGUCCCCUCUUCUUCUGGGGCAUCUAAGAAUUAUUUAUUUAAAAUAGGUGAUAGGGUUAGAUUUAUUGGUUCAACUUGUGGUAGCCUGUAUUCUUCAUCUUCAUCGAGGGGCCCACAGAACGGAGCACGUGGAAAGAUUAUGUUACUUUUUGAAGGCAAUCCUAUAUCAAAAGUUGGUGUAAGAUUUGAUAAACCCAUAAAUGAUGGGGUUGAUCUUGGGGGACUUUGUGAUGUAGGUUAUGGAUACUUCUGCAAUGCUUCUGAUCUUCGUUUGGAAAGCACGGGUGUAGAAGAAUUAGACAAGCUACUUAUUAACACAUUGUUCAAGGCUGUACAUAGUGAGAGUAGAGAUUCUCCUUUCAUCUUGUUCAUGAAGGAUGCUGAGAAGUCUCUUGUGGGAAAUACAGAUUCAUAUUCUUCAUUUAAGAGUAGGUUGGAAAAGCUUCCUGAUAAUGUGGUUGUAAUUGGUUCACAUACCCAAACUGACAACCGAAAAGAGAAGUCACAUCCCGGUGGUCUGCUCUUCACAAAGUUCGGCAGCAACCAAACUGCUCUUCUUGACUUGGCUUUUCCGGAUAGUUUUGGAAGACUUCAUGAUAGAGGGAAGGAGGUUCCGAAGGCAACAAAACACCUCACCAAGCUCUUCCCCAAUAAGGUUACCAUUCAUCUCUCUCUCUCGCUGGCAGAUGAGGCACUUCUUGUUUCAUGGAAGCAACAAUUGGAUAGAGACGCUGAAACCCUUAAAAUGAAAGGAAAUCUAAAUCACCUACGCACUGUUUUGGGUCGGACUGGAGUGGAAUGUGACGGACUUGAGACAUUAUGCAUCAAGGAUCAAACACUUACAAAUGAAAGUGCAGAAAAAGUAGUUGGAUGGGCUUUAAGUCAUCAUCUCAUGCAGAACCCUGAGGCUGAUCCUGAAGCGAGACUUGCUUUGUCUAGUGAGAGCAUCCAGUACGGAAUUGGAAUGCUACAGGCGAUCCAGAAUGAAUCUAAGAGCUUGAAGAAAUCACUCAAGGAUGUUGUGACGGAAAAUGAAUUUGAGAAAAGGCUUCUAGCAGACGUCAUUCCACCUAGUGAUAUUGGAGUCACUUUUGAUGAUAUUGGGGCUCUUGAGAAUGUUAAGGAUACAUUGAAGGAACUGGUGAUGCUUCCUUUGCAAAGGCCUGAACUUUUCUGCAAGGGGCAAUUGACCAAGCCUUGCAAGGGCAUACUAUUAUUUGGGCCCCCUGGAACUGGUAAGACGAUGCUUGCAAAGGCCGUGGCUACUGAAGCUGGUGCAAACUUUAUCAACAUAUCCAUGUCUAGCAUUACAUCAAAGUGGUUUGGUGAGGGUGAAAAGUAUGUGAAAGCUGUUUUCUCGCUGGCUAGUAAAAUUGCCCCAAGCGUUAUAUUUGUUGAUGAAGUUGACAGCAUGUUGGGCCGAAGAGAAAACCCAGGGGAACAUGAGGCUAUGCGUAAGAUGAAAAAUGAAUUUAUGGUAAACUGGGAUGGUUUACGAACAAAAGAUACAGAGCGUGUCCUGGUGCUUGCAGCUACAAAUAGGCCAUUUGACCUUGAUGAGGCCGUCAUCCGAAGGUUGCCGCGCAGACUGAUGGUAAAUUUGCCUGAUGCUCCCAAUAGAGCAAAGAUAAUAAAAGUUAUCUUGGCAAAAGAGGAUUUAUCUUCUGGUGUUGAUUUUGAUGCAAUUGCGACUAUGACAGAUGGAUAUUCAGGAAGCGAUCUCAAGAAUCUGUGUGUAACUGCUGCGCACCGUCCAAUCAAAGAGAUUUUGGAAAAGGAGAAAAAGGAGCGUGCAGCAGCUCUAGCAGAAGGUAAACCUGCACCAGCUUUGAGUGGCAGUGAAGAUAUACGUCCUCUAAAUAUGGAGGAUUUCAAAUAUGCUCAUGAAAGGGUAUGUGCUAGUGUUUCAUCCGAGUCGGUAAACAUGACGGAGCUUUUGCAAUGGAAUGAACUAUAUGGUGAAGGGGGUUCUAGAAGAAAGAAGGCUCUCAGCUACUUCAUGUGAAGAAUUCCUAUGUACAAAUGGUUUUUCCUAUUUCUCAAUUCUUCAUCUUCUUCUUUUCAUUUUCCUUUAUAUAUUAAUAUUUAUAAUUUUCUAGGCUUCUCCCGAGGCCCGUGUCAAAGUAAAUUUUCCCCGCGUCUUAGGGCUAUUUUGGAGAACCAUUUUGUCUGUAAAAUGAGACACAAAAGUUCUAAAGCUUAGUUUUUGUAUCCUUUUAGUUUAAGGGUGGCGGUUUAAAAGGGUGAAGCCUUCCUAAAAAUUUCAUUGGCUUUACUGCUCGUGUUUUGUUCCCCAUCCUCUUGCUGCCAACAACAUAAAGAACAUGUCCUUUAAAUCUAAGUUUUAUUAUUCACAUCAGAGAGAAACAAGAAAGAAACAAAUGCAUAUAUUCAUAGUCAUUAUUCUCUUUAGAGUUUGUGAGAAUUGGAGAUAAUAAACAGCGACCCUGACUGGUUUUUUCAUUUUUCGGAUGUAUGUAUAAGCAUGCAUGUAUAUUAGAGGCUGAUUACGUUGCUUAUUUGUUUCAACUCUUUCUAUGG